AUGGAGAGUACGCGUAGAUCCUUUGAUAGAUCAAGAGAACCAGGCUUAAAGAAACCCCGAUUAGCUGAAGAACAGUCAAAUAAUAAGGUCCGCCCUUUCACCCAGAGACCAGCAGCUGCACUUUCUGCAAGAUAUAGGGCUGGAAAUGAUAGAGAUUCAGAGAGUAAUGAUUCGAGUCGUAGCAUUGCAUACGUGCCACAGCCACAGCCACAGCAAUACCAGGAGCUAGUGAGUCAGUAUAAGACUGCUCUGGCGGAGCUGACUUUCAAUUCGAAGCCAAUAAUCACUAACUUGACGAUAAUUGCGGGCGAGAAUCUCCACGCGGCCAAAGCUGUUGCUGCCACAAUCUGUGCCAAUAUUCUUGAGGUUCCCAGUGAGCAAAAGCUUCCAUCUCUUUAUCUUUUAGACAGCAUUGUGAAGAAUAUUGGGAGGGAUUACAUAAAAUACUUUGCUGCCAGACUGCCUGAGGUGUUCUGCAAGGCAUAUAGGCUGGUUGAUUCCUCUGUACAUCCGAGUAUGCGUCAUCUUUUUGGAACUUGGAAAGGAGUCUUCCCGCUUCAGCCGCUUCAGAUGAUUGAGAAGGAACUUGGCCUUGCCCCUGUAGUGAAUGGUUCGUCUUCAGGUGCUGCAACGUCUAGGUCUGAGUCUCAGUCGCAACGGCCACCGAAUAGCAUUCAUGUCAAUCCCAAGUACUUGGAAAGGCAGCGCAUUCAGCAGUCAAGGAUUAAAAAUGCUAGGCAAGCUUUUGACUGGGGAUUGAUCUUUGAGAAGAUAUUUUCAGUAAUUGAUGCCAAAAAUUGUGGAAAUCAGGCAAAAGGAUUGGCUAAUGACCUGACUGUUCCUUUAGCCAACUCAACUGACGAAGUGGAGAGGCCAGACAGAGCUGACAGUAUUGAUACUCGACGACCAUGGGCGGAUCCUCCAGUUAAAGCUCAUACUCUUCAACGCUUUCACAGAGAAGCAUUAAGUGAGCCUGUUCUCGAGAAGAAAAAAAUUGGUGCAAUAUAUGGAGACUUUGAAUAUGGUUCUGAUGUUUCAAGGAAAUCUGGCCUGGGAAUUGGAAGAACAAGUGGAAGGGUUGCUGAGCAAGGGCAAGGGCAAGAGAAACCAUGGUAUGGAGUGAGCAGCAGCGCUGCAGAGCAAAUAUCUGGGCAGAGAAAUGGUUUUAAUAUGAAGCAUGGAUUUCCAAAUUACUCAGCAUCCAAGUCUUCUAUAGCUGAUUUGCAUCUACAGCCAACACAGAGAACUGGAAGAAGUGGAAGUGGGAUGUCUGCUAACUGGAAAAACUCUGAGGAAGAGGAGUACAUUUGGGACAUGCACUCUAGAUUAUCAGGUCACGAUGCAACCAAUCUUUCCAAUAACUCAAGAAAAGAUAGAUGGACUCCUGAUGAUUCAGAAAAAUUGGAUCUCGAAAGAUUUGAUGGAGAAACUUCUUCUGAUUCAUUGUCUAUUGAUCAGAAAGAAUGUACUACUCUUCGGCACCGUUCAUCCUCACCAUGGAAAUUGCCAGAGUCCCCCUCAACAGAUGGAUUGAUCCAUUCUGGAACUUCUGCUACUAAUGCAGGUCACUUAGAGGGCUAUUCAGCCUCUCUUGGUGGUGUGGCUACAAGUGUAAGGUCUUCGUUGGGCAGGAUGGCUGUUCGACCACUCUUGGGUUCAUCUAAUAUUGGAACAGCAGGUUUAGUGUCUUCCACAAAUGCAUCAUCGGUGUCCACUGAAACCUUAGGGCAACAAAAGUUUCAGUCUCUAGGUGCUGUAUCACCAUCUGGACAGUCGCCCAUAUGCCAACGACCAUCCUCACCCUCAUUUCAAGCGUGCUAUCCUCAAUUUCAGAAUUCAGGAGAGCAAGACCACCAUCAAUCCCAGUCAGUGACCCGGCCUGAUUACAGGGCUUCUCAAUUAUCAGGAAAUUUGCUGCCUUUGAAUGUUCAGCUUGGUAACUUGCCAAAAUUGCAGUCCGAAGACUUACCAGCUCCUUCAUUGCCCUCUUUCCAACUAAGCCACCAGUAUCAUCUUUCACAGCCACGACAACCAGACUCCAAAGAGGCUGAAGCUUUUGGUCAGAUCCAGAGGCCACACCUUCCCCCAGUCUCCAAUUUCGGAACUUCUUCAACUUCUGGAAGUUCUGCAUCAGACCAUUUAAAUCCAAUUACUGCUGGAACUUCAGGACAAUCUAGCACAAGUAGUUUGCUGGCUGCUGUUGUGAAGACUGGAAUUCUCUCCAAAAUAAACUCCAGUGUGAUACCUGAUCGAAAUUUUCAGGAUAGUGGGAAAAUGCCGUCGCAGUCAAGUAUUCAGCCUCCUCUUCCAGGCGGGCUUCCCCCUCGGUUUUCGUUUUCAGGAACCAGGAUUGCAUCUGCAGCCUCUCCUCAGUCACAAGAUAACUCACCAACUACCUCGGAUAUUUCUCAGAGGAAAGACGAGCAGCCACCACUUCCACAUGGCCCUCCACCUUCAUCAGAACAAACUCCAGAUGCUGUUAGUAAAGCCCCAAACCCAAUUUCAAACCUUUUGAGCUCGUUAGUUGCAAAGGGUUUGAUAUCUACAUCAAAGUCGGAGGCAUCAUCUCCAUUGCCAACCCAGUUGACUAUUCAACCACAGAAGAACCCAAGCAUUACUUCCCCUAGAUCCAUACCAAUUUCCUCCACAACUCUGUAUUCAUCCACCGUAGAUGAAUCAUCUAUCCCAGAACCUGAUACCAAAGUUUCUGUUGCACUGCCUCAAACCACCACAGUGGACAUAGAUAAUCUCAUAGGAUUGGAGUUUAAGUCAGAUGUAAUCCGAGAACUGCAUCCACCCGUGAUCAGUUCACUCUUUGAUGACCUUCCUCAUCGAUGCAGCAUAUGUGGCCUUCAACUUAAACUUAAAGAACGGCUUGAUAGACAUUUGGAGUGGCAUAACCAGAAGAAGCCUGAAUCGGAAGGUAUUGAUAGGGCAACAAGGAGAUGGUACACUGAUUUAGUGAACUGGCUUGCUGAAAAGGUAGGACUUCCAUCGGGAGUUGAGUCUUCUGGUAUAAUGGAUGACCUUGAAGAGACAACAGAAGGUGAUGAGCAAAUGGUUCUUGCUCAUGAAGAUCAUUGUGUGUGUGUUUUGUGUGGUAAGCUUUUUGACGAUUAUUAUAGUCAAGAAAGGAAUAAGUGGAUGUUCAAAGGAGCAGUGCGUAUGACGUUACCACCUGGGGAUGGUCAGAUGGGAACUGCAAAGGAGAGUGCCAAAGGUCCCAUCGUGCAUGUGAAUUGUAUAUCUGAAAGUUCACUUUGUGAAUUGGGACUAGCAAGCAGCAUUAAAAUGGUAAGGGAGCUUAAAUCUUUAGAGAUUGCUCCUAUAGAGGCCAAUGAGGAAGUCCAGGAUUUGGAGGACAAUGGAGCUAGAGAAGAUGUCAUAUUGGAUGAAGACGAACGAGAUAUAUACAAUGAUCUGCUGGUUGACUGGAGCUCGGGCAUCAACCUCCUCUUGUACUCUUUUGGUGGUGGCCCUGUAACAGAGUUUUGA